AAAUCGGGGUGGCUGGCCAGUCACGCGGCCUCACACCCGGAUGUGCUUUCUGGGUCUGAGAACCAGCUCGGCCAGAGUGUGAGGGGUUCUGCACGAGGGGACGGACUGGGACACCGCGGAGGGCGUAGGCGUGUGUACACUAAGUCCCGCGACUCGCGUGCGUUGGCCGUGUCACGGUCGUUCCUUGGGUGCUGAGUGGGGGCCCAGAUCGUCGCGUUCGUGGGUAGAUAGCAUUGCCCCUGCAGCGCCCUGGAGCCCCUCGUGGUUUUUCACAGGGUGUAGAUCUUGAACACGCGCUUCGGGCAAGGGUAACAUGAAUCUUCUACCCAAAAGCUCCAAGGAGUUUGGCUCUGUUGACUACUGGGAGAAAUUCUUCCAGCAGCGGGGAAAGCAGGCUUUCGAGUGGUAUGGGACCUACCUGGAACUGUGCGGGGUGCUGCACAAGUACAUCAAGCCCAGGGAGAAGGUGCUGGUGAUUGGGUGUGGCAGCUCCGAGCUUAGCGGGCAGCUAUAUGAUGUGGGCUAUCAGGACAUGGUAAACAUCGACAUCAGCGAGGUGGUCAUCAAGCAGAUGAGGGAGCGCAAUGCCCGCCGCCGGCCCCAGAUGAGCUUCUUGAAGAUGGACAUGACACGGAUGGAGUUUCCGGAUGCCUCCUUCCAGGUGGUGUUGGACAAGGGCACCCUGGAUGCUGUCCUGACAGAUGAGGAGGAAAAGACCCUUCAGCUGGUGGACAGGAUGCUGGCUGAGAUUGGCCGCGUCCUGCAGGUGGGCGGUCGCUACCUCUGCAUCUCCCUGGCUCAGGCUCACGUCCUGAAGAAAGCAGUGGGUCAUUUCUCUCGGGAGGGGUGGAUGGUGAGGGUGCACCAAGUGGCCAGCAGCCAGGACCAGGCAUUGGAGUCAGAGCCUCGGUUCUCCCUGCCUGUCUUUGCCUUCGUCAUGACCAAGUUCAGGCCGGUCCCUGGCUCUGCCCUUCAGAUCUUUGAGCUGUGUGCUCAGGAGCAGGGCAAGCCUGUGCGGCUGGAAAGUGCCGAGCGGCUGGCAGAAGCUGUGCAGGAGCGGCAGCAGUAUGCAUGGCUGUGCGGCCAGCUUCGGUGCAAGGCCGGGCUGGGGAGUGUGUCUCUGGACUUGUGCAGUGGGGACACGGGGGAGCCACGCUACACCCUCCACGUGGUGGACAGCCCCGCUGUGAAACCAUCGCGGGACAAUCGUUUUGCCAUUUUCAUCAUUCCCCAGGGCCGGGAGACUGAGUGGCUCUUUGGCAUGGAGGAAGGCCGGAAGCAACUGGCAGCCAGUGCGGGCUUCAGGAGGCUGAUCACAGUGGCCCUUCAUCGAGGUCAGCAGUACGACAGCAUGGACAGUAUUCAGGCAGAGCUGUCGGCCAGAGUCAUGGAGCUGGCCCCGGCUGGGAUGCCUGCCCAGCAGCAGGUGCCCUUUCUGUCUGUGGGUGGGGACAUUGGAGUCCGGACUGUUCAGCACCAAGACUGCAGCCCCUUGAGUGGCGACUAUGUCAUCGAGGAUGUGCAAGGGGACGACAGGCGAUACUUUCGGCGGCUGAUCUUUCUCAGCAACAGAAAUGUGGUGCAGUCGGAAGCCAGGUUGCUGAAGGAUGUGCCUCACAGAGCCCAGAAGAAACGGAAAAAGGACAAGAAGAAGCAGUGGCCUGUUGAGACUUCUGAGGACCUCCCUCCAGCCCCAGAGCAGUCCAUUGAUAAGAGUUACCUAUGCUGUGAACACCAUAAAGCCAUGAUUGCCGGCCUUGCCCUGCUGAGAAACCCGGAGCUGCUUCUAGAGACCCCACUGGCAUUGUUGGUAGUGGGCUUGGGCGGGGGCAGCCUCCCUCUCUUCGUCCACGAUCAUUUCCCUAAGUCCUACGUUGAUGCUGUGGAGAUCGAUCCCUCCAUGUUGGAAGUGGCCACUCAGUGGUUUGGCUUCUCCCAGAGUGACCGGAUGAAAGUCCACAUUGCAGAUGGCCUGGACUAUAUUAGCAGCCUGGCAGGAGGAGAAGCACGGACUCACUACGACGUCAUAAUGUUCGACGCAGACAGUAAGGACCCAGCACUGGGAAUGAGCUGCCCCCCUCCAGGUUUUGUGGAUCGGCCUUUCCUGCAGAAGGUCAAAAGCAUCCUGACCCAAGAAGGUGUCUUUAUCCUGAACCUUGUGUGCCGAGACUUAGGGCUAAAGGACUCAGUGCUGGCUGGACUCAAGGCGGUGUUUCCUCUCCUGUAUGUCAGGCGAAUUGAAGGAGAAGUGAACGAGAUCCUGUUCUGUCAGCUGCAUCCUGAGCAGAAGCUUGCCACGCCAGAGCUCCUAGAAAUGGCCCGGGCCUUGGAGCAGACCCUGAGGAAGCCAGGGAGGGGCUGGGACGACACAUAUGUCCUGUCAGAUAUGCUCAAGACUGUGAAGAUUGUGUAAUCGUGAGGCCGUAGAGUCCUCUAAGCGCCCAGACUGGACUCCUGGCCUGCCAGAAGCAAGUCCUACAAUGCACAGUACUUUAAAAAGUUGUGGUUUUCCUUGGUUCAUACUCUACUACCCGCAGCCUCAAGCUGGGUGAGAUUACCCGAAGGUCUGGGAAACUAAAGUCCUUCCCAUUCUGUCCUCUUCCGUGUCAUUUGGGUCGGUCAUCUUUGUUUCCCACCCCACGUCCUUGCGGAUGGAGGCUUCCUUGCUGCAACUCUUAGCAGACACUGCAUGUCCUAAGAAACAGGUGCCAAACUUCUUAGGACUGAUUACAAUCAGAUUUGAUUGCAUCUCAUUUAUUGCUUUGUGUUUGCUUUAUGCCUUUCUGUUUCUGUAGGAAUCAUCUCAAGUGAGAUAGAGCCUUGUAUGCCAAAAGACUAAGCGGUCUCUGUAGAAGCAGACAGAUUUGCAAGAACAUCUACUCUUUGUCUCCCUGCAGAUGGAACUGUCACUAAAAUUGUCCCAGUUUUAGGAAUUUGCUAUCCUACUCAACAGCUUACCUUAAUUACCUAGACAUUACAGCCUGAGCCAUUUGUCCUGUUCUCAGUGAUGGGGAUUUGGAUAGCUUCUCCAUCACUGUAUGUCAGGGACCAGGCGGAUGGAAGUCUCUGUCAUUUCUUCAUUCACGUUUACUAAGUGACAGUUACAUGCCAGACUGUGUAAAGACCUGUAGUGGAAGUAAAGAAGCUUAAAAAUAGCAAAAAACGAAAACAAAACCCCAAACACCGUAUUAAUAAUAAAAGUUAACAUGUUCCAGACACUAUUCUCAGUGGUGUACAUAUAUCAUCUCAUUUAAUCUGAAAUAAAGGAUAGUUAAACCAAAACUCCAUUAACCCCAAACCUCACUUGAUCCAGAAGCAUCCGUCAUAUGUGUUCAUCGAGACCAUUAAACCAGUUGUUCCAAUA